AUCACACUUCCUCCCUAUCAUAUCGCCAACACCGCGCACUUCGACCACGAACUGACAGCUGCGAACUCACGGGCACCAACUCACAGCCCCGGGACAGUGGAUUCGGGGGUUGGGACUUCCUGGAGGCUGGACAGAUGAGGGAUCGAGUCGGGUGAGAAUGCAGAUGGAUGACACCAGGUCUGCCGGACCGACUGCAUUGGUUUUUCCUCGGGCUUGAACGCGCGGUGUAUGUGCUGCAGCGCAUCGUGCCAUUCGUGGUAUUAGCAAACCGCGCCGCUGUACACUGACGUCAACCGCACUGAUUGCACACUCGACUGCAUGCUAUCAACCACUUCCAAUGACCGCAAACGCCGUAAGCAACCGAGGAGACGGCUCGCAGAGUGGCGGGGCGUGGGAGCUGGCUGCGCGAAUGGGCGGAGCACGAGAGCGCACGGGCAGGGUUUGACAGGUGUGUUUCUCACUGUCCGCUGUUCCUCCCAGAGUCCGCCGUCUCAAGACAUCGCCCCGCGUACGCACCGGAGGAUUGCGCUCAUUGUGCAUCUUGCGAUCAGAUGCGGGCGCGCCUCAUGUACACUCGGCGCAUUUCACGGCGCUCUCCCCAUUGCACCGAUCGCGCGCACCCUCAACUUCCAAUGGCCGACUUUCGGCGACCGCAUCAACGAACGAGACUGGGGGUGUGAGGGCAUGGGAGCAGGGGAGUCGGAUGGGCGAGCGGGCACAUGGGGCCAGUCCGCAGGUGCGUUUCUCAGCACCUCAACCUCUCACUUUCUGCUCACUACGUGGUUUGCGCGGCAUCGCAAACCUUCGCUGUCAUUUACACACACGCAACGCGUCAUCACUUUGACCUCAUGGGCCGACUCAUCUCACGAAUUGACCGGCACCACACUUGCGCAUCUUGGGGUGGAUGCGCAAAUGGGCGGAGCGCGAGAGCGCAUGUGGCAAGCUUCACAGAUCGUGUACUUCGCGCAUCUGGGAAUCAGAUGCAGGCCUGACGUAUACGUUUUGUGGCCAUCUCAUUGCGCCGAUCGCGCACCCUCAACGCCCAUUGAUCGAUUUUCGGCGACCAGACGGACGAAAAAGACUGGCGGCAGGGGGGCAUGGGAGCAGGAGAGUCGCAUGGACGAGCGGGCAGAGCACCAGGAAGGCCGAUGGAGGUAUAUCUACCGGUGAUCAGGACUUCUUGAGCAUGCACCUGGACAUGCUGCCCGGUGUAACAACGACUCAUCCCACGCCGCACUCGCGCAUCAUUGCCAGCCGACACAACAACGCCCUCUGCGUUCUCGCGGACAUCACCGGGAUGUGCAGGAAGGGGUCGACGCGUUUUCGGAGCCGAUCUCGCGACCUAGCGCGCGCUCUAUCGCAUUGUGCAGCAUAGGGGAGUCCGCCCUCUGUCCUCAUUUGACACUAACACCCUAGAUUGGGAAGCUCCGAUAGGCAAUUUCGAGGGUUGCCUCGUUGGAGUCGAGGAGUGGAUUGAAUGCAUUAGGGCCCUAACCAUGCGGGUGGAGGGGCGAGGCCCACAGAUAUUUGCUGCGCAGCAUCAACUCAUGCAUGAGUUGUGGUAUUCGGGCCAUAUCAGAUUUGGCCAGCAUGAUCACCUUACACCAACUAACGCCCAGUCGAAGCGCCAUUCAGGGGGAUUCCAUUGGGGACGAAAAUGGGCUCGCGCAAAGGGUAACAUGCGGAAUUGGAUGGGAUGGGGUGGCGGGCAGUGAGAAUCCGGAUAGGGAUCAAGUCCAUAACGUCCUUAAAACAUCGUGACGGUGCCAACAGCGUGAUGCUGAAGGGAUCGCGGAUGUAGAUCACAGACUUGAAGACGUCGUGACGGUGGCGACAGCGUGGCAGUGGGGGGUUUUACUCCGGGGUUUGAGGGAACGGGGAGCCCGAAACGGUGUAGUGGUCGAGAUGGUAUGGUGCCGCUGUCUCAGCCCCUUCUGCUGAUAUGCCUAGAGGUCAGAUCUAUGAGCAGAGAUUUCAGCAGUCUCAAAACGUCGUGGUGGUUACAACAUGGUGUUACUGGGAAGGAUUUAAAUAUUAUUCUUACAUGAGUGCGGAAAACGUCGUGACGGUCGAGACAGCAGGGUACUGAGAUGUUCAGGCAGGGGGUUAUGAUAAAUCUAAAGGUCAUGUGUUUGAGUAAUAGUUACCUUAGUCCAGAAAAUGUCGUGAUGAUGGGGACAUGGGGGCAUAGAUGCGUCAGUACAAAAUCUGGAAAGAAAAGGUUUCAACAGUGAAGAAGGCCGGAAGAAAUGUUUAUGUCUG